GUGGAGGUGACUCUCUAGCUUGCGUCGCCUCUACUCUCCUAUCCCCACUGACGUUGGACAACAAAGAUGGCGGCAGGAACCAGCAAUUAUUGGGAAGAUCUUAGGAAACAGGCUCGACAGCUGGAAAAUGAACUUGACCUGAAACUAGUUUCCUUCAGUAAACUGUGUACAAGUUACAGUCACAGCAGUGCCCGAGAUGGAAGACGCGACAGGUAUAGCUCUGACACAACACCUCUCUUAAAUGGAUCAAGCCAAGAUAGAAUGUUUGAAACAAUGGCAAUUGAGAUUGAACAGCUUUUGGCAAGGCUUACAGGAGUAAAUGAUAAAAUGGCAGAAUAUACCAACAGUGCAGGUGUCCCCUCCUUGAAUGCGGCACUGAUGCAUACAUUACAGCGACACAGAGACAUACUGCAGGAUUAUACACAUGAAUUCCAUAAGACCAAAGCAAACUUUAUGGCAAUACGGGAAAGGGAGAAUCUCAUGGGAUCAGUACGAAAGGAUAUUGAGUCAUAUAAAAGUGGGUCUGGAGUAAACAACAGAAGAACUGAACUAUUUUUGAAAGAACAUGACCACCUUCGAAACUCAGAUCGUCUAAUAGAAGAGACAAUAAGCAUUGCUAUGGCAACAAAAGAAAAUAUGACUUCACAGAGAGGAAUGUUGAAGUCAAUUCAGAGUAAAAUGAACACUUUGGCCAAUCGUUUUCCUGCUGUGAACAGCCUGAUCCAGCGGAUCAACCUUAGGAAGCGGCGAGACUCCCUCAUCCUGGGAGGAGUUAUUGGUGUCUGUACCAUCCUCUUGCUGCUGUAUGCGUUCCAUUGAUGGGACAUCUCCAGGGACUCUUGACAGCCACCACUUUCACACCCUGAUCCGGAAUAAGGAAAAAUAGGAAGGAGAAGUUGACUGACCUGAUAAUUAGCCUGACCAGCAGGAUUAAUUCAAGACUGAUCGUGCUGGACUCUGUGACAUAGUCAGGUUGAGCUGAAGUCACAGGUUUUCUGUGCUGUCUUUUCUAACACACAUUUCCUUCUGUUUUUAGUUUUUUAAAAAAAUGUUUUCAGUUGCUUUUGUCUCACCAAGAGGUAAGUAAGCCCAUCAGAAGCAGAGUUUCUGUGCUUCAGUGAUAGUGUUGAAGGCUGAUGACAAGGCAGGUCUUACCCUUCAGAAAACCAAGUUUCUCUCUAUCCAGAGACUGCUCUCCUUUCAGCCACCAGAUGGGGUUGUGAAUAAACAUAGUUUUUGUCCUUUUAUGUUACACUCAUCAUGAGAAAUCACAAGUCAUUUCUUAAUAAUCUGUGAUAUAAAUUUCUACUCUUUGUCUCCAACUCUCUUGGUAUUCAAGAAAAAUUACAUUUUUCACAGAAUGUUUGAGAUGCUGACAGGCCAACUUCAACACAGUUGAGGUUGUCUGAAACAGGACAAGCACUGCAAAACUUUUUUUCUUUUUUUUUUUUUUAAUCAUGCACACACUGAGGUUAACUGCGUUGCUGGAAAAACAUCAAGAAUGACAGGCUUUUUUUACAAAGUCAGUCAUUGUUUAGGGGUUUUUGUUUAUUUCUUUCAUUGGAUUAAUAUUUGCUACUACAAGGAAAUGAAAUCUCAGUUCUGCCGUGACAACAAGCCACGUCUAUCAGUGCCCCCAACUAUUGCUCAUCAUGUCAGGAUUAACACGUGAGGAAGACAACUGAGUGAGGAGGCUGCUCGAUUUUCAGUGAGGUCUCUUUAACAAGCCACAUGUAAAAAGACACUGAGUGAGGGGUCACCAUCCAGAUAAUUCCGUUUAUAAAUGUUCCACAACUUAUGAGCAAAAGUUUAAGAACCACCUUCUGAUGUACCAGGAAUUCUGUAUUCAUUCCAAAUCUGUUAAGCUUUACCAAACAUCCAGAGAAUGGUUUUACUGUUGAAGGUGCUUAUGACAGAAUCCGUCUCUGUCUGCACCUGUCUUCUAUUACCAUCCCUGGACAUUGACAAAAUUUUAAACCACCCACCAGAAUUCUUUUCAAGUUUAACCAUUUCUCAGUUUCUGUAUUGUCUGUCUAAACGGCCACAGUUCGGAGACUUCUAACAUCUACACUCCUCAUCAAGCAAGAAAGCUGUUCUUCACCUUUGGAAUUUACUAUGGUAUUUUAGUCUUGGUUUGAGACUCUGCCACAGGGAGUAAAAGGAUAUUAGGAUGUAGUUCUUAACUACAUCACAGUGUAUUGACGGUGACGUUCAGAUGAACUUGAUACACGGCUGGUGGAGUAGACUAACCCCUGUCUAGUACAGAAACUGAGAGAUUUUUCAUUCUGGUGUCAAAAGUUUUAUUAUGUUCUGGGUAUGAAGAGCAUUUGAUAUAUAUUUUUUAAACUAUGGGGUUUUAUUUUUCUAAAUAUGGGUUGGUUGAUCAGUUAGUUGAUUGGGGAUGCCCUUAAAAGAAAGUUUAAGCUUUCCCAGUGUGAACCUUAAAAGAUCAGAGAAGUAAGUUCAUCUAUUAAAUUCUCUGUUGGGAGAACAAACUUCUCUCCCCUGAUACUUUAUUAUCUUUGAUUUUUCAAAGGGUUUUGAUCGGUUAUUGUGCUUCAACUAGAAUUUAUGGGAUUUGGUUGCUAUAUAGUUGGCAUUUAUAAAAUCUGAAGUAUCAUAAAUAAAGUUAUUUAUUUAAUUAUA